AAAAAAAAAAAAAGCUGGUGUCCACUCCAGUGGUAGUGGGCUGUCACGUUCACAGCUGGCGGCUAGAGGUCCAGCAACCCCGGACUUAACUACAUGAAUGUUGAUUUUACAUAGAUGCGCUUCAGCCUCCGUCUCCGACUCGAACUGCUCGUAUGCCACGCGUUUCAAGGAUUUUUAAUUUUGUUCACUUCAUGUAGGCCAAAGACAAUCCAGGGGAUUUCCUGACUUUUCCAAGCCCCCGGUGGAAGCUCCGUUCCGGGCUGCAGCGCCUCUGCAUCCCCCCCGUCUUCUCUGAACCUGGAAGAGCUACGCCUCCUUCUGACGAACAUCCAGUAUGACAGGGGUUUGUGGUUGCUGCGGGGCACUCAGGCCUCGGUACAAGAGACUAGUAGACAACAUCUUCCCAGAAGACCCAGAGGAUGGGCUGGUCAAAGCCAACAUGGAGAAGCUGACAUUCUACGCCUUGUCAGCUCCAGAGAAGCUGGACCGUAUCGGAGCCUACCUGUCUGAGAGACUGUCGAGGGAUGUGGCCCGACAUAGAUAUGGGUACGUGUGCAUUGCCAUGGAGGCCCUGGACCAGCUGCUGAUGGCCUGUCACUGCCAGAGCAUCAACCUGUUCGUGGAGAGCUUCCUGAAGAUGGUGCGCAAGCUGCUCGAGUCAGAUAAACCCAACCUGCAGAUCUUGGGAACCAACUCGUUUGUGAAGUUUGCCAACAUCGAGGAGGACACGCCGUCGUACCACCGCAGUUAUGACUUUUUUGUGUCGCGCUUCAGCGAGAUGUGCCAUUCCAGCUACGAGGACCCGGACAUCCGCACCAAGAUCCGCAUGGCAGGUAUCAAGGGUCUGCAGGGUGUGGUGAGGAAGACGGUGAAUGAUGAGCUGCAGGCUAAUAUCUGGGACCCUCAGCACAUGGACAAGAUCGUCCCCUCUCUGCUCUUCAACCUGCAGAGUGGAGAGCGCACAGAGAGCCGCUCUCCGUCUCCGCUGCAGGCGUCGGAGAAGGAGAAGGAAAGCCCGGUGGAGCUGACGGAGCGCUGCUUCAGGGAGCUGCUGGGACGAGCCGCGUACGGCAACAUCAAGAACGCCGUCACGCCCGUGCUGAUGCACUUAGAUAACCACUCUCUAUGGGAGGGGAAGACCUUUGCUGUGCGUUGCUUCAAAAUCAUCAUGUACUCCAUCCAGUCUCAACACUCUCACUUAGUGAUCCAGCAGCUUCUCGGCCACCUGGAUGCUAACAGCAAGAACUCGGCCACGGUGCGAGCCGGGAUAGUGGAGGUCUUGCUGGAGGCGGCAGCCAUUGCAGCCAGCGGAUCCGUCGGCCCCACGGUGCUGGAGGUGUUCAACACCCUGCUGAGGCAGCUCCGUCUGAGCGUGGACUACGAGCUGACCGGCUCGUACGACGGCAGCACCAACAUCGGCACCAAGAUCAUCAAGGCCCACGAGGAGCGGCAGCUGCAGGAGGCCGUCAUCAGGACCAUCGGUUCCUUUGCCAACACUCUUCCAACCUACCAGAGGUCAGAGGUCAUGCUCUUCAUCAUGGGAAAGAUCCCUGUCCCUGGAGUUCACCUAACUCUGCCCUCCUCAGGCUCUGGGCCUGAGGGAACCCGCAUGAUUCAGGUGAUGCUUCUCAAGUCCUUGGUUCAAGUGACGGCGGGUUUCCAGACUACCAACAUGCUGACGGCGCUGCCCAGCUCCUUCUUGGAGCCGCUGCUGUCCUUCUCUCUGACCGAGGACCCGGAGAUUCGGCUGCUGGUGCUCCAAAUCCUCCUCAGUCUCAUCGACAGGCACGACAACAGGCCCAAGUUCUCCACCAUAAGCAUCAUCACUGACAUCUCUGUGCUGAAGCUCAAAGUUGACAAGUGCUCCAGACAGGACAAUCUGUUCAUGAAAAAGCACGGCCAGCAUCUGUACCGUCACAUUUAUUUAGGCUGUAAGGAGGAGAGCAGCGGUCGGCUGCACUACGAGACCCUCUUCGCUCUGUUAGGUCUUCUCAGCGUGGAGCUGGCCAAUGAAGAGGUGGUGGUGGACCUCAUCCGCCUGGCUCUUGCCUUGCAGGACCUGGCCCUGUCCACCGAUGAGGCUAUGCCCGUCUAUAAUCGCUGCGCUGUUCACGCCCUUGCCGCCGCCUACCUCAACCUCAUCUGCCAGCUCACCACCGUCCCAGCCUUCUGCCAGCACAUACACGAGGUAAUUGAGGUGAGACAGAAAGAAAGCCCUUAUCUUUUGCCUGAGGACGUCUUCGUUGAUAAUCCCAAGUUACCGUCUUCACUGGAGAAGGUGGAAGGGGACGUUUUGUUCCUCCAGUCGAAGAUCACUGAGGUCCUUGGAGGAAGCGGUUAUAACACAGAGAGACUGGCCACGCCUUACAUCCCACAGUACACUGAAGAGGACCGUCUGUCCAAGAGAAAGAGCAUCGGGGAGACCAUUUCACUUCAGGUGGACGUCGAGUCUCGAAACAGUCCAGAAAAAGAGGAGAGGACACCAGCUGAGGAGAUCACAUUUGAAACACUGAAAAAUGCCAUUGUGGACAGUGUGGGAAUGGAGGAGCAGGAGAGGGAGCGGAGGAGACAAGUGGUGGAGAAGUUCCAGAAGGCCCCCUUCGAGGAGAUAGCAGCCCACUGCGGUGCCAGGGCCACACUUCUGCAGAGCAAACUAAAUCAAAUCUUUGAGAUCACAAUCAGACCCCCUCCCAGCCCAUCUGGGACCAUCUCGUCGGGUUACGGCCAAAGUCAGAGUCGAUCUGUGCCCAUUUACGAGAUGAAGUUUCCAGACCUUUGUGUGUACUAAACCGCGAAUUCCGCAGGGGUGUUGGAUAACUGCAUCCUCUCUGAGGACAGGAAAGGGAUUUUGGAAAGGGCAACCGAUCCUCACUGUAAAGUCAUCUCUUGACUGUAGAAGCAAACAACAGUGGUGCAUGUGGGAGAAACUCAGCCGCAACAAAAGAACAAGCCACUUUUUUGAUCCAUUCAGCUGUUUUCUUUCUCUCUUCGAAUGCAGCCAAAACAAGCCGGCUUAUGUCAGUCCAAGCAGAACAUGUAGAACAUUAAGUUCCCCCCUAGAUGUCUGAAGAAACUCCACUGGUUGGAUCUUCAAAUUUAAAAAAUUGAGUCACUGCAGACCUUGUAACUGGAGUUUCAUUUUUGUCCCUUGCGGGUUGCCAUAAUACCUUUUAACGAAAGAUCAAUCUGACUUAUUUCUCGUGAUAAUUUAUGUUUUUAUUUUUAUUGAUAUUAUGUAUGUAUUUUUAUGUGUGUAUUAAUGAUUACUAGACAUGACAUGAAUCCUUCCGCCUCAUGUUACAUCAUCUGUCUUCAGUGUUUUAUGCUUUACUGUAGUUUUGCCAAAAGUGCUUUUUCUCUCAUGCCAGGCUUUUAUUUCCUCGUCCUAACUCCUUUACUCUGUUUCUUAGUUACUUUUUAGCUGCUAACUGAAACACAGUCCCAAGUCAUGACCACAUGAAACUCCAGAAGUUUACUCCAAUGUUUACCAGAUCAGACACUAGAACAAUGAUGAUGAUGAUGAUUCUGUAUUUUUCUCCUUCCCAUAUAAAUGUGUAUAUACAGAGACAUAUAUGAAGCAUUAAGCUGUUGUACAGAGUAGGGAUGUUAUUGUAUGUGUUUGUAUAUAAAGUGUAUAUUCUAAUUUUAGACUGCCGCUGCACUGGUUGUGUCCAUAGAUGAGGGAGAAAUACACCUAAAACUCUAACAAAUAACCAGCAACACAUUUUCAAAAUGGCCCACGAUGGAAAUUUGCAUAAUCUCAAGAUCUGCGGGUUCUGUUAAGAAGCCCAUCUUAUUAAACUCGUGCUAUAAAAACAGGUUUAAAAGUCCUUUUCAUUACCACCCACAGAGUUUGAGACAGGCUUUUUUUCACCGCCCUCAUCCUGACCUGUGUUGCUGCCAUUACGUCCUCAGCCCUGCUGGGGUUUGCACUCUGUUUUUACGCCGCACCAGUUCCGAGCAUCUGUCUCAGCGUGAUCCAAAUAAGUCUAAAAAGCCAUUUUUUUGUGCAUGUCUGCACACACAGGUCGAAAAAAACAAAGUAUAAUGGCAAUAAUUUGGCAGGAGCCUGGCUUCACAAGGUCCAACUGUAGGUAGCAGACGUCCCUCCCCUCGUCGUGGUGCUGUGAUGUUCCCGUUUUGUAAUGUUUCAUGAGACCCACCCUCUCUUCCCUCGCUUCUGUGAGCAGACGGCGUCGAGCGUGGCACGUGUUGCCGUCUCACAUCUUGUUUAAUGUAGACCAUGACGUCUGGUUUGUCUCUUGAGCGUCACGUGUUGCCGUCCAGCCGUUUCACAUGUACGCAUAGCUACGUGCACACAUGCCGGUGUAUCGGAUUUGUCUGUUUUUAAACCAGUGCGUGAGCGUAUUUGUUUGUGUGUCCGUGUGAAUCAUCAUUACCCAAAGCCAAACUCUCCAGACACAGUUUACAGUUUUUGUCCAGUGGCUCUUUCCACCACGUUAACGAAGAACGAGCUCCGUGCGUCAUUCCAAACCUUCCUUGUAACGUCGUCUUUUCAGCAUCGCUAACUCGGCAGUAAAGACCUGUAAAUCUAUCAGUCUGCGUGUUGUCAUUGCAUCGUGUAAUGUAAAAAUGACCCGACGGUAAUCCGAACUUACUUUCUGUCAUUUACAUGUCUGAUUAAUAGAUCUGUUUACAAUGUAGUGCUGUAGGUCAAAUCUAUUCAUUCUGUGAACUUCGCACUUUAAAACCUGGAUUACCUAGUGACAAAGGCAGCUUUUACAUGAAGAAAAUGCCUUAUGAGUGUCAUACCUGACUUUGCAUGCUAGUGACGUCGCUGUGUUGUACAAUAAAUUCAUCUGUAACCAUGAGA